AUGCGCCGAGUGCAGUCGGAGGUGCCCUUUGCGCCAUCGGUGGAACAGCGCCAGGCGCCCAUAGGCGGGCACUUCUACGCGGAACGGCCUGGCGGCGCUGUGGGCGCGGAGGGGGAACUCGCAGCCGCUGGCGGAAUGGAGGGUCGAGGCGUGGGGGAAGAUGCGGGGAGGUGCGCGGGGACGUUCGGCCCGCAGCCCGUGGCGAGCUUCGGCGGAGCGGGGUUUCUCCAAACCGUUAAAUCGAAGGGGUUGUCGGCGUUCAUAGGGGGCAAGUCGCGCUCAUUCACGUCGCUUGCUGACGUGGCGGCCAUCCGCUCCAUGAGCGAACUCGCCAAGCCGUUGCGCCGCACGCCGCUGCACACGCGCGCGCUGCACCUCUCCGCGCGCAACCGCCGCCACCGCCAGCACCAGCGCCAGCGCAGCAGCCCGCACGCACACGCCGACGGCCACGCGCACGCGCGCGGCGCCGCCUCAUCCUCCUCGUCUCCUUUCUCGCCGUCGCUACCUCCGCUCGCGUCGUCCUGCCCCGUCCCUGGCGGCGUAACCGGCAGGCGCCCUGCGGGAGGCAUCAGCAAGCGCGCAGCAGCGCCGCUACAGCCGCGCGCGACGCUGGCGCUGGCUGUAGCCCUAGGGGGACUGGGGGACCUGGAGGGCGCGGGGGAGCGUCGGGGAUCGAGGGGAUUGGGGGAGUUGGGGGAGGCUGGAGGGCAUGAGUGCGGCGGGUGGGGUGCCAACAGGGGGGAAGCGGCAGCAGGGGGGUUGAGGGCGGGUGGUGAUGUUGCUGCUGCUGCUGCUGGGGGGAUGGGUGGUGGGACGAUAGGAGUGGGAGGCGGUGAGUGGGAGGUGAGGGAUAUGUGUAGAAUGGAGACUGUUCCAGAUCACCACGCUCACUUCGGCAAUAUGGUGGUCGCGCAAGCAGCAAGGACACGGGAGGCGAUUUCCGAGAAAGAGUCUUUGCAACUGACAAGAAACCUAUUGCGCAUUGCUGUCUUCAACAUUAGCUAUAUCCGUGGCCUUUUCCCGGAGAAGUAUUUCGACGACAAAUAUGUUCCUGCUCUGGAAAUGAAGAUCAAGAAGCUCAUGCCCGUUGACCCUGAGUCGAAGCGACUAAUUGACUGGAUGGAGCAAGGUGUCUAUGACGCAUUACAGAAGAAAUAUCUGAAGACUAUGGUGUUUGCAAUAUGCGAAUCUGAUGGAACGUCCCUUUUGGAAGAAUAUACAUUCAACUUCUCGUACGCGUCUCAGACUGGGGAUGUGUCUUUGAACAUAUCGAAGUCUGGAAGCAAGGAUAAAGACAGCACGUUCAAAUCCGUGGGGUCGGAUGCUACUCCUGCACAAAUGAAAAACUCUGCAUGCAAACUGGUUCGGACGCUCGUGCAGCUCAUGAGGACACUUGACAACGUCCCAAAUGAGAGAACUAUCAUUGUGAAGCUUCUAUAUCACGAGGAUGUCACGGUAAGCGCUGGGUUAGGAGCUGAGAUGAAAGUUGGUGAUGUUGACAGCAAACACUACUCGAUAGCCUUGAAAGUACGGAGUGUUCUUGAUCCAUGUGAUAAUAAUGAGGAGCAGCAAGGCAGUCAAAGUAAUGGAACAGAAACUUCGGGCCAGUCAUCAGAAUCUGAGGAAGACGAAAAUGGUUCUGGGAAAAAGGAGGGGAGCAUCAGAAAAACAGGCGACCUUCCAGGGAAGAAACAAGAUGACGAGACCUCUAAGCUGAUGAACACUUCUCCGACUGCAGCUCUAAGUCUUAUCAGGUCGUGGAUUUUAUCAAGGCCAACGAUUACCGUUGAUGUCAUGGAUGUGUUUGCCAACUUUCCGGAUGCAUCUUUGGUCUCCAUUGAAGAAAUCAUGGACCAGCUUGUUGGCGAAGGAAGAUUAAAAGCUGUGAACGCGGACCUUUACUCCAUAAUCCAUGGGGAUGUGAUUGGUCAGGAAGAACCCAGCCUGAAGAAUCAUAGCCCUCCACUUCAGAAGCCAUUGGAUGCUUGUGAAUCGGAUGAGCACACUGCGAUGUAUCACAAGGCUCUGGAGCAUGUCUUCAAUCUGGAGUAUGUGACCAUUGCAAACCUCCACAACAGGAAGAAAGGGAGAAAGGUUCUGCGCUCCAAGAAGAUUCAGGCUGGGAUGCAGGACGAAAAGCAUGAGUCUAAAGAAGGCAUACACGCUACUUGUCCAUCUCCCUCUACAAGGAGUCCACUUGCUGACCAGCUGAAAACCGCAAGCCCUUCUGCAGUGGCUCAGGUGUGCUCGUUGGGUUCAGACAUGACAAGGUCUCGAGCAAGGGAAGCUUCAGUGUAUAAGAGCGACAGUGGUUUCAAGGAACCACCUUCUCUGGCGAAGGACAAGAAAUUGUCCAGAAAGGCUCCACCUGAAGUCAGCUCAACAGGCUAUGAAAAGAUGAAGCUGGGACCUGAACCUGGCUUGCUUGGUGAGCUGGAAUUCGUGAAAGAAAGCCAGGACACCAUCAACUUCAGCAAUCCAAGAGUCCGCAAGGCCAGCACGGUGGUCGAACCAAUUCAGCAGACUUUCAAGAAACAAAGAUCAUCUGCAUCACAGGGACCUGGAUCCCGUUUUACAAGAUCUUAG